GAGAGCUGAGGAAACAACACUGGAGCAGAGGGAGAAGCAACAUGGGAGAGCUUUGUGUCCGCUCUGUGCUGGUGACUGGGGCCAACAGGGGCCUCGGCCUGGGGCUCGUCCAGCAUCUGCUGGGGUUGCCAAAACCUCCCCAGUGGGUGUUUGCAACCUGUCGGGACCCCAAGGGACAGCGAGCACAGGAAUUACAGAAUUUGGCCUCCAAACAUCGCAACCUGGUCAUCAUCCCUCUUGAAGUUGCCAACCCUGCCAGCAUCAAGGCAGCUGCAGCCAAAGUUGGGGAGCACCUGGGGGGCUCCGGGCUGAACCUUCUCAUCAACAAUGCUGGAAUUGUCAAGAUAACCUUGCUUGAAAAUGAGACACUGGAAGACAUGACUGAGAUUUACACCACCAACGCAGUUGGGCCUCUGCUGAUGGGCCAGGCGUUCCUGCCCUUGCUGAAGAAGGCUGCCCAGGGGAGCCCGGGCUCAGGGCUGAGCUGCAGCAAGGCAGCCAUUGUCAACAUAUCCAGCAUUGGCGGCUCCAUCAGUUCUCUUUAUGCUUGGGAGGAGAUGCAAGUUACCUCGUACCGCUGCAGCAAGGCUGCUCUGAACAUGCUGAGCAAGUGCCAGUCCCUGGCAUACAAGGAGCACGGGAUCCUCUGUCUGGCUCUCCACCCUGGCUGGGUGCAAACUGACCUGGGCAGCUCUGCUGGACACACGCUUCCCCUGGGAUAUGGCACCAGCUUUCCCAAGGCCAUCAGAAUUUGCCUGAAAACGCCAAGUGACUUUUGCCCUUUGGCAACAAAGAUGGGCUCCCAGCCAGAAUCUAUGUCUUGGAGUUUGAAGGUCUGGAGAAGCUGUACCUGGAUCCAAGGGUUGGUGCAAGCCCUGAGUGGGUGGAGUGUCCAUGGAAAACAUUAUAAGGAAGCAUUAGGGAACUGA